GUGGCACGCUCUUCAUUUCACCCUCAUCGUUGCUUGAACCUUGUCUCCAUGUUCUAUGCCUCAGAUGAAGAGACUAUCGUGGAUGGGCGACCUCCAAAGCGAAGAAAGCUCUUAGUUGAAGACGAUGACGCAGGGGACAUUAGCUUUAUCGACCCUUCCCCUAGGCGAAUCCUCCUCGAAGAAGUAGACUUAGAGAUAUCACUUAGGCAAAGACUAGCUUCCACAGUUCAAUCUCGUUUAGCAUGGGCUCUAUUGCUCCAAGAGAGCUCAAAAUGUGCAAUUGGUGACAUCAUUAGCCUCAGAUCAUGCCGAGUCUGAUAUGAAGACUGCUGCUCUCGAUGCAUUAGGCGCUAUUGAAGCCCCGUGCAACGUUCUAUUCACUCGCGAAGUACAAGCUCUGCAGAUCGCCCAACAUCUACGGCCGGUUACUAUCUCUAACGCGUCAACGCCUAGUAUCAAUCCUCUCAGAGCUCCUUACACUACUACCACACGUAUUCGAGGACUCAACCGCGCCGUGCGCGCCCCACCAAAGAAGCUUCUAUUCCUACGCAACACAUCUACCAAUCCACCACAAAUCGUCAAAUUAGCUUGUCAGGACUGUUCUCGAACGGAUUUUUCCAGCCUUCAAGGUUUAUUGAACCACUGUCGCUUGAGACAUCUGCGCGAAUACGGCAGUCACGAUGACUGCGUGCAAAGUUGCGCUGUUCUUAUCGAAGAAGACGAGGAACAGGCUUGGGUCGUUGCUAAUGGAACUGAGGUCGCCGGUAUCAGUUUACCUGGUUUGAGACGGUUAUUUGAAAUCGCCGUUGGUGGAGGUCGGGACUUGCUCUCACUUCCUGCUCGCCCUGCUCAGUCCAAUGUUGUCAAGACCGAAGAAAGCGCCUCCUUAACAGCUACACCUGUUGCAGAGGUGGAACCUACACCUGCUCCGAGUAUUCACUUAACUCGUACCUUGGGUCUGCAUGAAGAUACUCCCGCAUUGGCACCACUCCUAGGCCGAGAGCCCAAGCGGCGUGUUAUCCACGUCCAUGAUGAGAAUGUCGAUAUCUUCUCAGGUGUCGACCUUCAGCCUAAGUCCCAGGUUUUCAAGAAGCCAAAUUGGAGGAUGCGUUAUGCCCAUCGGAGUGAAGCACAGUCCGCACUCAUGGAAUCCAUCACAUCGUCUAGUACACCCGCACCCGCAGAUGGAGAACUGUCCAUGCUUGAGGGGGAAGAAACCGAGUUGGCUGCUUCGAAGGAAACCUCGUCUACGCCUAACCCUUUUAUGCGUGGUGUUGGGACUAGGUUUCAUAUCUCGGCAAGAGUUACUAUUCAGGACCGGAGUAAAUGGAUUCCACCAGAGAAACGGUCGAAAAUACACCCAGACCACACACAUCUCUGGAGACUCAGUGUCUCGUCACCAUCUUAUAGUCUCCCUAUCGUCAGUUUCUUAGAGAAACUAACCGUCUCCUGCAUUACCGACCCACCAGCAUCUACCCUCGUCCAACCUAUAACCCUCGAUGCUCCUCCCUUCGUACUUACAAGCACAACGGACCGCCCCUUCCUUGCGAGCCUCAGAUUCCACUGGACGGGCCGCGACGGUCUGAACCCUCCCAUCACAGUAGAACAUUGGGUCGAGCUGGACCCGUUACACCUGAGCACCCCCGUCCUCGGAGACGAACAAGUAUUUGAUGUCGAACUAGAUCGGACGACAGAAUUACUACUCCCUGCGAGCCGAGAGGAUCAGCGAAUUGUCACGUGGGAAAUCCAAGACUCCGAUGAGGCUCUAAUAUCGGAAUCCAUUUGCGACAACAGGAACCCGAACAGCAAUAGAAAGAGCGAUAAUGAUGAAGCUGUCAAGAAGGACCAUGAGGAAGGGGAUCAGAAGGAUUCGAGUCCUGAUCCAGAUCCUGCCUACGUCGUCAAGCUGAAAGCUUUGUUGCCUCAAUUCCCUAUAACAUUGAAAGAUGUGAAAGGUCGACCGCCGAGGCAACUUCCGUAUCAUCUUGCUGUCACCCCGGCACAGUUUCUGAACCUCGUGCAUGGGCGUCGAAAAGCAAUCGAGUGGGGACGUGCCAGGGCUCUGCACGAAGCAUACGAACAAAGCAAGAAGGAUGAUCAGGGCGGCACCGAAUACAUCGCUCUAACUGUCAGCGAUAUCUAUUGCUGGCUCAAAAACGAGGGACAGUUCCCCCGAACAGCUGUCACUACGAAGAUUUCACUGGCCCCAGAGAACAAAAAGAUCGUGCGAGGGGUGGGGGUGCCGAUGAACAGCUCUGAUGUGAAGAAAUCAACGGAAGUUUACUGUCGCCGAUGUGGACUUCACUACCUUUUGCACCCGAGUCUUAAUAGCCUUGGAGAUCCCGUACGCUCUCAAGUGGGAGGACCUUUCUUCAUCAAGAGGCCUAGGGAAUCUGCGGUUGUCAAGCAAGAACCAUUGCAAUCAUCCGUGCCGCUUCCGGCCUCGGACUUUACGGUGUUGAACCACCAGGGUGUUUGUACGAUUUUCCAUGGGGAGUUCUCAGAGAUCUCACGACCUGUCUUCGACCUUCGAAAUAUUAUUACCCUUCCUCCCUCCAACGUUCGUCCGAAAGAGGAAACAAUCAGUGGUGUCUUACCAUCUCACUCGAGGGAACAUAUGAAGUCAACAACCUCGUCGUCAUCUCAGUUAUCUGGAAUGCCACAAAUACCGGCGUCGUCGAGGGACUUGGUGGCGAUCGCUGAUCCAGAACUCGUCAGGGCCAUUCAACGUCUCUCGGCCUCUUGGAACCUAGAUCGACUCCAUGGUGGAAUCGAACCUACAGGCUCAACUGCAAAUGCGCUGUGCCUGAAGAAACUAGACCGACCUCGAGCGGAGGUGGAAGAUGAACUUGCGCCGUUUGCGUUGUUGUCUGUGCUUACGAAGUGUAUGACAAGGGUACUUUUGGAGAGUGGGCUGGAGAUGUUUCGGGAGGAUGAAGAUGCUUUGAAACGUAGUUUUGGCAAAUCGAGGAUGAUGCAGAUGCAGAUGCGCGGAGCCGAGGAGCGGAAGGGUGAAGUGAGGAGGGUACUUACACCUUCGCAUGUCUUGCGAGGACUUUCAGGACUCGAGUCAGGGCGUUGUCGAGAUGUGGAUGAUGUAAGGGCCUUGACGAGGAUGGUGUUGGGGACACUGGGAAUGUCGACGGGAACAUGAAAUAUUGUGUCAUACCCUUCCACAGCCGAGAAGUGUAUGUUGCUUUCAAGUACUACCUGGUCGGCCGAGCAGUGUUCACACUUGAAUGAUACUUGAUGGUGACGUUGAAUAUCGCGAUUUGCGUUUCCGCGCUACACGAGCUGCGUACCUUCCCAGUUGCCCAUUUCUAGAAGGCGUUUUGUUUUUGCUUCAUUCCCUUUUGAACAGUGAGGAACAGACUAAACACUGGCGUCCAUCUUGCUAAAACAGAAAAACAUGCUGGAUCCACAUGCUCAAGUCGUCAAUAGAUCAAUAGUCAAUUCUGCACAUCAUUGCAACUGCCAGAAGAGACAGGAAUAAUCAACAUUGGACCUCAAUGCAUGUGGUUUGAGCCGGUUGCCCCUUGACAUCGUCGGUCGCGAUGGAGAGGAAAAGAGGGACGAGAGAAAAAGACGCUGGGCGCCAGGGAUAGAGCGGAUCUCGAUGUGCGCGCGGGGAAUUGGAAAUGAGAUGGAUUGAGCAGCUUCCACCUGGAGAGGCAGAUCCUUUUCUCCAGUCCACAAGCCAUGAUCAAAUCUCCAGCUCUAUUCUCUCUCAGACCCCUUCUCCCAACCAUCUUUCGGGGGUCCGAUUUUUCGUGCACGGGGCGCUUUCUGACAGUCGCUCCCUUACCUCCGUCUCGACGCACUAACCACUCUCCCUUUCGUAUCCCUUUCUCUCUCUUUUCUUCUUUCCGUCGCUCGCUUAGCUCUCUCAUUCUGGCAUAGCAGACAUUCACGCGGGUGUUGUAGAGGGUUCCCUCCCCCCUGCUUUGAUCUCCUUACUGGUGACUAGUAUUGUGGCUUCUUCGACCGCAUUGGCUUUCGGCCGGAAUCUACAAUAUUCUUCUGGGCUCUGUAGCCGUUAGCUACCAUCUCUUGUUUUUGAAAUGGCUACAGUUGCUGCUUCGG